AUGUGCGUCAAGGUCGAGGACAAGAAGCAGUGCCGGGUUUGCGAGAAGACAAUUGGACCAGUCACACAUAUCGAACGACCCUGCGACAAGGCUCUGAAGGAUGAUGGAGUCCUCGGAGACUGUGGUAACAUUGACACGAUUGAAGCCAUUAGCUUCAUUGAGGAGUGCAAGGAUUGUGAGGAAAAGCGAAAGAAGGCUCAGGAGUAUAAGUAG